AAGUAGCGCCCAGGGUCAAUGUGCACUUCUGUUUCCGAGGUGGGCUUCGUUUCUAGUCUUCCCUGGCGCUAUGAGUUCUUUCCAGGGACAGAUGGAGGAAUAUCCAACCAUCUCCAUUGACCGCUUCGACAGGGAGAACCUGAAAGCCCGUGCCUACUUCCUUUCGCACUGCCACAAGGAUCACAUGAAAGGAUUAAGGGCUCCUUCCAUGAAAAGAAGGCUGGAAUGCAGUUUGAAGGUCUUCCUGUACUGUUCUCCAGUCACUAAGGAGCUGCUCUUAACCAGCCCGAAGUACAAGUUCUGGGAAAACCGAAUUAUAGCAAUUGAAAUUGAAACUCCUACCCAGGUAUCUUUAGUUGAUGAGGCAUCGGGUGAGAAGGAAGAGGUUGUUGUGACUCUCUUACCAGCUGGUCACUGCCCAGGUUCAGUUAUGUUUCUAUUUCAGGGCAGUAAUGGAACUGUCUUAUAUACAGGAGACUUCAGACUGGCGAAAGGAGAAGCUUCCAGAAUGGAGCUUCUGCACUCUGGGGGCAGAGUAAAAGACAUCCAAAGUGUAUAUUUAGACACCACUUUCUGUGACCCAAGGUUUUAUCAAAUUCCAAGUCGUGAGGAGUGCUUGAGGGGCGUUCUGGAGCUGGUUCGGAGCUGGAUAACGAGGAGUCCGAAGCACGUCGUGUGGCUGAACUGCAAGGCCGCCUACGGCUAUGAGUACUUAUUCACCAACCUGAGUGAGGAGCUGGGAGUCCAGGUUCAUGUGGACAAGCUGGACAUGUUUAAAAACAUGCCUGACAUCCUGCACCAUCUCACAACGGAUCGAAACACCCAGAUCCACGCCUGCCGCCACCCGAAGGCAGAAGAGUAUUUUCAGUGGAAUAAGUUACCCUGUGGCAUGGCUUCCAAAACUAAAACUGUACUCCACACGAUCAGCAUCAAGCCAUCUACCAUGUGGUUUGGAGAGAGGACCAGAAAAACAAAUGUGAUUGUGAGAACCGGAGAGAGCUCAUACAGAGCUUGCUUCUCUUUCCACUCCUCCUACAGUGAGAUUAAAGACUUUUUGAGCUACAUCUGCCCAGUGAAUGCGUAUCCAAAUGUCAUUCCGAUCGGCCUCACUGUGGAUAAGGUCAUGGACUUUUUAAAGCCUCUGUGCCGCUCUUCCCAAUGUGCUGAACCAAAGUACAAGCCCCUCGGGAAGCUGAAGAGAGCUAGAACAGUUCACCUUGACUCAGAGGAAGACGAUGAUCUCUUUGAUGACCCUCUACUAACACAUUCAAGGCGCAAAGUUCCGUACCAAGGAACUCUUCACCCUGAGGCAUUUUCAAUGAAGGCACUACCACUAGAUCAGCCUGAACUGGGACAAAGCCCCGGAUGCUGUAAAGCAGAGAGUACGCCAAGUCCUUCUUUGGCCAACUUUGUGGACUGUGACGAGUCCAACAGUGACAGUGAAGGAGAGUUAGAGACCCCGCCUUCUCUGCAGGGAGGUCUCGGCCCCACAACACUCCCCCAGCAAAACGCUGAUCCGGAUGUGGAUGUGCCUCGGUGGGAAGUGUUCUUCAAAAAAGAUGAAAUCACAGAUGAAUGUUUGGAAAACUUACCUUCCUCCAUAGAGACAGGGGGAUCGCAGUCACCAAAGCGUUUCAGUGACUCACCAAAGCUGGGCAGUGACUCUGAUGGAGAAUCCACCCACAUCUCUUCCCAGAAUUCAUCUCAGUCAACCCACAUAACGGAUCAAGGAAGCCAAGGCUGGGACAGCCAGUGUGAUACCGUUUUGUUAUCUUCCCAAGAGAAAAGUGGUGGGGAUAGCACCUCUUUGAACAAGGAUACCUACAAACCAAAACCCAAAGAUAGUAUUUCUGCCUCCCAAACAGAACAGAAUGCACUUUGUCCACAGGAUACUCACUGUGAUUUGAAAAGCGGAGCUGAAGUAAAUGGAGCCCCUUGUAUUGAAGAACCAGAUACUGUGAGUGGCAGGAGAUCUUCACCUGAGAAAACAUCGCUAACCAGCACACAUGCAGACUCACAGAGCUCCUCUGACUUUGAAAUCCCCUCAACUCCAGAAGCUGAGCUUCCCAAGCCAGAGCAUUUACAGUUCUUAUAUGGAAAGCUGGCAACAGGUGAGAGUAUAGUGUUGAAAAAAGAAAAUGUUCACUCCCAGAUAUUUAAAUAAAACUCAUCCUAGCAAGGAUGUCCAGUCUUUUGCUGUUGCAACACAAUGACACACAUAAAUGUGCUGGGCAGCAGGCACAGCUGUGGGUGUGUGGCCUGGUGGGUAACACACUUGUCAGACCAACCCCUGAAAAGUGAAGUGAAGCAUCUGUGUAAUAAAAGAGCAAAAUAAAAUAUUAGAAGGAUGAUCAAAUCACCUAAAAGAGAAACAGGCUGAAAACAGCGCUGCGUGAGACGGUAGAAUUAAGUCUAAACAUAUAAUCACAUGAAAUACAAAUGAUGUAAAAAGAUUUAUAAGAAGAGUCCACGAAAAACAUGGGCCAACUAUGUGCUGUUGAUAGACGACUCAAGCGAGAGAGGUGAAGGAAGUUAAAGAAAGCCAGUGUAUACUGUGAGAGCAGACGCCGUCCCCGAAGGAACGUCUGACUCGCCGAGAUGUAAUGGUGAGAGUCCUUGCCUAGAAUGGAGGAAGCUCUGGUUCAGUCCCCAGGACUCCUUCCACAAGAGACCAAACAAUCCAGACACAAAACACUUAACACACUUCUCUUAGAGAACCAGUGCACACACAGGAAAUCAGCAAGACAAGAACUCACCACCACCAGCAAUUGGAUCUGACAGACAAGAGGAUUUUACUUCACAGCAGAAUACAUCUCUUCAAGUAUACAAGAACCAUUCCUCCACCAAGUACACUGUCUUGAGUCACUACAACAGUCUAGAAGAACUAUAGUAAACUGACAGCAGGAGGGGAACCAGGACCUUAUGAAGGCUGGAGAGCUGGCUUAGCAGUUUCGAGCACUUGUCGGGUUUGUUGGAGGACCCAGCUUUGGUUCCCUACACCCACAUGGUGGCUCAUACAGAAAACAAAAAUAAACCUUAAAAGCUACCAGCAGGCCAGGCAAGGCUGUGUUCUAGAAGCUGAGACCGGAGAGAGAGUUGGAGGUCAAGCCUGAGCAGUGUAGCAAGAGUUUGUUUACCAAUGCAGUGAUACCACUGAAACUACAACAAUCAGAACGUAAAAAUACUUAAAUGUUUAACAUAUAUGUUCUAUGAAUUGUUAAACUGCCUUAAAGUACAAUGCUUUUGUAUUGAUGUAUAUGGGUUAAUAAAGCUUUAUAAAUAUUUUCAUAA